AUGGCUUCGCAGGCUAUCUCCAUGCCAACCGCCACCGGCGCAAAUAUGGGAUCAGAUCUCAAAUCCGCAGGACCCGCCGCCGCGAAGGUUAAGCCUUGUUGUGUAUGCCUGGACGAAAAGAAAACUCGCGACGAAUGCAUGCUGUUCAGUAAUGCGAAAGAUCCACAGCAAGACUGCAUGUCCACGAUCGACAAAUACAAGAGCUGCAUGAAAGGCUUCGGAUUCAACCUACCAUAA